UGUGAUCAGCACACUGCAGCAAUGCUUGUUGCUGCUUGUCUCCUCCCUUCGCAGAACGCAACGCUUGCCAGCCUAGCCUGUGGAAGCGUGCGCCGAGUAGCACCCCAUUGCCCUGCGUUCGCGAGCAUCUCUUGUCCCAAAGCACGCGUCUUUCGAGCGAAGGCGGGCGAGUCGUGGUUCAAUUGGACCUUCGAUCUCUUGCUCCUCAUGGGUGAAUACGCAACGCCAUCGUAUGGAGACGCGCCUUAUUGGGAUGAACGAUACGAAAAGGAGGGCCCUGAAAAGACCUUUGAUUGGUAUCAACAGUACACAGGCUUGGCUCCCAUAUUUGACCUCUACAUGAACAAAGCGUCCAAGGUGCUCAUGGUGGGCUGCGGCAAUGCAGUGCUUUCAGAGGACAUGGUUCAGAAUGGAUAUCAAGACAUUUGGAACAUUGACAUCUCCUCGGUGGUAGUGGAUUUUAUGAAACAAAGAAACUCUAACAUUCCGCAGCUAAAGUAUGACACGAUGAAUGUUUGUUCAAUGGGGUUCGACGAAUCCACUUUUGAUGUGGUUCUUGACAAAGUGUGGGAACAAUUCUAUGGAGAAUGCAUCUGCCAUGAUAAGUGAAGUGUGCAGAGUGUUGAAACCUGGAGGCAAAUUCCUGCUGAUUACAUACGGUGAUCCUCAAGUCCGCAUAUCACACCUGCAAGCAGACGAGUUGAGCUGGACAGUCAAAAUACAUGCCAUGCCACGGCCAGGGGUGUGUGCAGAGUUAUGUCCGGCUUGGGCUCUGGUGCCAAUGAAAAUUGGCAUCAACGGGCGGUUGGUCCCGAAUGGUGAAGAUUUGGAGGGUGGGAAUGUGCACUAUAUUUAUGUCUGCACCAAGGAUUCACUGUAGUCCAUAUGGCACUCCUGUUUAUUUGAAUUUAUGAAUGAGCAUGAUGCACGCUUGAAGUCACACAUUGUAUAUGUUCGCCACCAUACUUCAAUUAUUCAAGAUGGAAACUGAAUCUGGCCGUGACGACUGCCUGAGCGUCUAUUAUCGCGUGAAAAAAACAUUCAACGUGGCACAUUCUCUGAUAACCCUGGUGUUUUGCUGAUUACGUGGCCUGUGCUUUUGUCCUCCUCUUCCACUGUGGCACGCUCAGUCAUCCCUCCUCCCUCCCCAAUUCCUGUCUGUGCUUUCUGUGCAUCUCCAACUUCUCUUGUCCUAGUAUCUGAUUCUUUGUUCUCUAAACGUUUACAGCUCAACUUCAGUCAUUGACUGAGAGGCUUCUCAUGGCGUCCCUUCUAACAAAGGCCUCUACGGCCACGUUUGUGCAGAGAGCUACGUCCCUGCACAAGUAUUUUUCGGCUCCCCGUCUGAGUCUUUCCCGAUUCGAGUUAGUUGCAUCCCAUAUUCCAGCGCGGCCAGUCGUCUGCUCGCUGGAAUGCCACAAUCAACCAGCAGCCAUCGGACAUGCCGCGCCUUGUCUCCCCGCUCCCGUACCAUCCACUAGCUCGGUGAACGAAGCUGAGGACAACCAGAUCUCUCUUCUCUUGAUGAUCUCUGCGCCAUUUCUGCUGCAGUGUCUGACCGUGUUCCCCGCAUUGGCUGAGGAGUUUUCAUCGUCGUAUUCUCCAGCAAGCUACUAUGCAUCUCUCGGGCUUUUCGUAAUCUCCAUACCUGGUCUCUAUUCGCUCAUCAAGCGCGCUACAAAAUCCAAGAUCGUGCGAAAGACGUUCGAGGUGCCUGGUCCUGCGGAGCCCGGUGCGAAGCCUCUGUCGGUGCUUGCUGGAGAGAUAACGGCAUUUCUUCAACGCAACAACUACAAGGUCAUCGACAUGAAGGAUGCAGUCACGUUUGAAGGAAAAUUGGAGCCUAGCCGCAGUCAGGCAGCCUUCCUUGUGUUCUGCACAGCUCUGAGCCUGGCUAGUGUGGCUCUAGUGCUCACCAUCACAAACCCUGAGAUUGGUGAAUGGUGGUAUUCCCUCAUCGGCAUCUCACCCCUUGCAGGCGUUUAUUACUGGAAGAAAUCAAGCCGGACGGAGCAGAUGCAAGUGAAGAUGGUAACAUCAGAUGAUGAGAAGGUGACUGACAUCACAUUUCAAGGGGAUGAUGAGACCAUUGACCGGUUGCGUCGGGAAUUGCAAAUUAUGGAGAAGGGGCUAAUCUAUGUGAAGGGUAUUUUCGAGAUGUAGGCGAUACAAUGAUUUAGAAGGUUGUUUAUUACCUUUGUAUUAAUGGUUUGUAUGAGUCUAUUUGUG